AUGUCAUCAUCUUUUCUUGCUGGUGUUGCUACCUAUAGUCAAAUUGUACAAAGUGUUUUCAUGACACUUUUUGAUCAUGGCUACGCUGAGUUCUUAUGCACAUUCUUUCUUGUCACCAUAAGUCGAAUUCCUUUUGCUUUACUAAGUUCAACGGACAUCAAAGGAUUUCAACAUGAAUCAAUUCUUAUUGCUGCUGCCACUGAACUUUGGGACUACGCUGCUAGCCAUUGGCGUAUACCAAAAUGCUGUAUCAUUAUUCAUUUUAUAUCUCAAUUAGUUGGGGCAUUCACCGCCAUUCAACUCUUGUAUCUUUGCUGUAGAUGGAGGAAUCCUUUAAUAUUCAGUUCCCAAUCCCAAAAGGAAGAGGACUUCACGUCAUUUGCCCAAGGUCCUGCGGGGAUAUGUGCCACCCUGCUGGAUGAAUCCUCAUCAAUAUAUAUUGUCGUGGGAAUUGAAGCAGCUGUAGGCUUCAUUAUAGGAGCAUUACAAUCAGCAACUUCAAACCAUGAAAAUGGAUUGCGUGCUUCCAUCACUUUCAAUAUAACUUUUGAAAUGGGAUCUGUCUUGCUUUUCAACUACCGCAGCCUGGUAUUCAAUCCUGUCCUGGAGGUGGGUGGCCAAAUGGCGACAAGAAUAGUAUGGGGUGAUAUGGUUUUUCAUAACCCUUGGAGAAAUACUUUGAUGAUAUCAUCAUCAUUUCCAACACAACUGAACCCCCAGCUGGGAGGCUUUUUGACCAAUAUUUACCUGCAGAGACGAAGAGUUUCACGCUUGUCUGAGGAGCUGGACAACGUGAAUUCUGUGGCUUAA